AGUCCGUGGCAACGUGAAGUUAUCUUUUUUCACCAGAUGGAGAACUGAUAUAAUUUACAGGCACUUACAAGCUGGCUGGAAGCAGUAUUUCCGGAGUAAAGUUCCGUAUACUUAUUUUUUCACCACACUAAAUUUGGUUGUUGAAAAGUCCACAUUCGACGAACGCGAAAGAAGUCACUACUAAGUCCUCUCUCAGAUAAUGACGAAAAAUGGCAUUGGCAGCUCGUUGUCCCAAGCCCACAAUUUCGCAGUACUUUGGGUCUCAUUUUCCUGACACGAAGGAUCUAGCGCAACGAAGAAUCAGGACGGGACAGAAGCAGCCACAUCCAGGUAGUGAAGGCAGCGCGCGGUCUGCAACCAACACGGCGACAGAGCGAAACCGGAUCGACUAUAGGGGUGAGCCCAGCGAAGCCGAAAGCGACUGCGGGCGCGAAGAAGAUAUAAGAAUACGUGCUACGAGUCUUGAGAAAUAAGCGGUGAAUAAAUGGCGACCACCUCGAGCAGCUCCUCGGCUCCGCCACCGCACCUGCGGGCCACCAAGCCGCUCGUCUUCCAAUGUAUGAGCCAGUUUUACGUUCUGUCGCCGCGGGGAGACACCAUUUUGACCCGGGAUUUCCGCGGGGACGUGGUCAAGGGCACAGCUGAGAUGUUUUUCCGCAAGGUGACUUUGUUCCAGCACGGGGAGGACUGUCCCCCGGUCUUUCACCAGCACGGGAUCAACUACUAUCCCACAGAAAAAAGCAGGCAGGGCAUAUUUGUAAUGCAAAAAUAGACACAGACUUCUAGACUUAAACCACUAAAUGUAAUUUUUCUGCUAUUUUUUUUUGCAUUACGAAUAUGCAUGCCUGCUUUUUUCUGUGCGAUAACUACUAUUUUCUGAAGAAAAACGGAUUGAUAUCACAUUGAAAAACAAAAAAAUGCAAGUCUGAGAAGGGAAGACAAAGCGUGGCACAGUGUUUUAUCUACUUGCAUGAAAUAAGUACAUUGAACUGAAAAUUGAUGAAUGCCGGUGUAGCUAUCGUACCGGCGCUAGCACGGCUGACGUACCACAAAUGUCCCUAUUGGUUUUUCGUGAUGUUUGUAGAAAAAGGUCGUAAAUACAGCGCCUCUCUGCUUUUGCUGUCGGAGAUUGAGCAAUUAUAGAACACUUCAUGUAUGUAGUUCUUCGAGGAACGAACGCAUUCUUCCGGCGGUGCUUGUUUUCCAUAUGAUAACUUUACUUCGUCGCAACCACGUCAUUUAACACCAAUAGUAACGCCACAUUGUUGUAUCCUGAGUAAAAACGUCCCCACACCAGAGUCAAGAUGGGAAAUCUGCUAGACAAAUCAACCAGCUUUCGCUGUUUCGCAUGACAGGUUUGCCCUCCUAGAAUAAUCCUGUUUCGCUAGUUCAGCAGCAUCACAGAUCUAGCACAUCAUGCUGAUUCUAGCAUCACAAACUCAAAAACACGACUAGAAAAUGCUUCUCAUGGGGCUCCGCAUGAGAAACUUUUUUGGCAUGCAGAUUUGCAUGACAACUCUGGGGUUUUUUUGGCUCAAGGCUUUGCCUUGUUGCCUGAGAUCCAACAAAUCUAGAAUAGGGGGAGCUAUGCCGUAGAGUAGAUACGAUAACUCACAAUCAUUUACCACCACUGACACCACGUCGGUAUCUCCCCCGACUCCCUGAAGAGGAGUUUCGAAAGAAGUAGAUAAACACCCGAGCGUGGCGGGUCCGCUGUGCCCCCCUUUACAGUAGCCUACUAGAUCUCCGGCCCCCCUUUACACUAGCCGAGAUCUCAGAACCAGCGCCCCGUGCUGCCGAGUACCCCUCCUAAAAAUGACCUCCUCCCCGCCCGGACACGGCGCCUGAAUCCUGCAGCAGUCGUCCACGCACCAUCCUGCGCAGGAGCAAGGUCCUCGCUUAGCCUGACGGGCAUGGGCAGCAACUUCUCCAUGUUCGCGGCAGAACCGGAAUACGAAAUCAGACCGGGGCAGGAGUUCUGGAAAGGGUAAAGUCCACCAUGCCGCCGGUGGAUUAAGCAGCUCGGGUAGGCUUCGGCAAACGGACACCAGGUCGAGGCUUCGCGAGCGUGGAUGCCCCCCAGCUCGCCCAAGCCAGUAGCAACAAGCUCAAUCGAGCCUUGUUCCCCAGCACAAUAGAUGCGAUGUAGGGGCGCACAAUAGAUGCGAGCUCAAGGCUUGGCAGCGCUGGGGGAGAUGGUGUUGCCCACGACGCGGGAAUAUUCCCGCCGUGGAAUCGAGAAUGAACCUGGCGCCGACGUUUUGCGCUUCUGUGUUGCGCCCGCAUGGGCAGCGGUCCGCGUGCAGAAACGUGCUCUACUUGAGCAGCCUCGCCAAUCGUGUAUCUGUACCCCGCACUUUCGGUCAUGUGUAAAGCAAUCGCCGAUCAUGAUCGCCAAAUCCGGCGGUCAGGUGGAUCAGCAUUAAAUCUCGCACCUCUUACCUUUAAUUUGGAUGUUUAAACAUCACUUUAGGCUGGCGCUUGUCGCUUAGUGCCUCCAGUGAAUGCAUUCGUCCAGACAGUAACAACUGGUUUGCCGCAGGCUGCAGCUUUCUCUUGUAGUUGUGGGGCUGGCUGUACAUCCCCGUUAUAGUGGUUGCGAGUUGGAAGUUUGCGAGAAUCAGUAAUUUUGUUUUUUUUGUUGUUUAUCUCCGCUUGCUCACGCCGCGACGUGAUAAGUGCUGCAGGAUGUCGUAAAAAAGAAAAGUUGAUGCACGGGGAACGGGGCGCCCAUUUCAAAAUUAGCGCGCAUGACUCUUGUCGACGCUGACGAGGAGUUGGUUCUCGAGGACCCACUAGCUGAAGACGACGACUUCCACGACCCGCACCUGCAGGAGGAGGAAGUCCGGUAUUACGAAAUCCCCGACGAGGAUGCAGAGGCACAAGAAUAUGGGCGGUGCGAGAAAGCCAUUAUCUGGAAUUCUUUUGACUACAACCGGUCGAAACUCGCCCAGCAGCUGCAGGAAGCGGAGAAGGCCACCGCGGAGCUCUUUUGCGAAACGAAAAUCCCAGCCGGGGUCCCACAAGGAGACCGGGCGCAGUUUCGCGAUGACCAGCUACGGGCGGUGGUAAACGAAACUACCAACAGCAGCAUGACAAACUGCAAAAGUGGCCACGUUGCCCACUUUGAACAUUUCGCCCACCCCGAUCUUCUUCCGGAGCUUGGUGACCACAAUUCCGGUAGUUGGGUACUAUCCAAGGUGAACCCGGAGGAGCAAGGCGACCAGCUGGUAUCGUGGUUUUCCGACGACCCGGAGGACUUUCUUCUGUUUCUGACCGGAACGAUCAUCGCCGGCACGCUGAAGAUUAUGCUGUACGCACCCCCACGAUCGAAGCCCCUUUCCGCAUCGGAGAAGGUUUCGCUCGAUAGGCAGAUGCAGAAUAUGCUCACCAAGCUCACGGGCAUGACAAAUUCCACGGCCCGCGGGUACGUGUGUGGAGACUGGAACUCGGACUUUGAGUCGUGGGAAAACCACUCGGCCGACGUUCGGGACCAUGUCCUGGUGCCGCUGUUGAACUGGGUCAAGCUGCACUACGAGUUUCAGGACGUUGGGGGCAAGACGUGCUUUCACAAGACGGAGGGCAGUACGAUCGACCACAUUGCGACGCGAGGCUUCAACCAGGUGCAUGUUGCGCGCGCGUUGAUUUACCGCAACCCGGCCGACGCCACUGAGGGGCAAAGCGAGAUUUUGGAUGGCUCGGAGACCGCGGAGUACGUCCGCAUGUACAAUUGCGACCAUGUUGCGCUGGUCUUCUCCGGUUUUUACGAUGAGGAGCCCAGCACGCAAGAAAAUAGCUUGCCGACUGCGCACAACCCCGACCCGACCGGAGACCCGGCAGCCGUGAUAAACAGCACUAUCACGCAGGAAAAUAUUUAUGCGUCAUACGAAAAGCACCAGAUGCCGUACACAUAUGGCGCGGCACUUACAGCCCCCAUUUCUGCCGUGCGGAGUCUCGCAGACGCACUUCCCUCGGGCAUCAAGACGCGAUGUUUGAUGCGACGCGACGACCCGGCUUGUACCUCGGCCGCCUUGGCUGCUGCCCAGGUAGACUACGCGCAGACAACACCACCACCCACGGACUGCCCAUUCGCUUUUGAGACUUGGUCUGCAGAGGCAGCCACCGCAGCGAAUCUUGCAAAAACGGCGCAGCAAGUAUCGCGCAAACCUCCGAAACAGGGCGGCACCCAAAACCAGCCGAGACCACCGCCGGAAGAAAAGCCGCCAGCGGAGCAGGGUCCGGCCAACAAUGGCAACGCCGCGUACCUAUCCCGCGCCGAUGUCUCGGGCAAGAUCCAGAGGUUCAUUAGCUGGGUGCGAGAUGCCGGCGGCGCCAUCCUCCCAGCUGAAGCUACGCCGGGGCGUAGUGUGUUUAUGGAUGGCUUAUUCGAGAUGCAAGCGGCUGUUCGGACGAAGGUGACCGGGGUGAAAAAAGGCGCACCGCUUCCGCAGAUCGAUUCCGUAAAAUCCGGCGCCCGUGUGAUCUCAGGAGCACAAGCAGUCGCGGUCGAAGUUGGGAAAUCGCAUAUCUUGAAAUCAUCAAUAAUGCGAAAGGACUGCGGACUCCCCACGCAGAUGCCCCAGGAGAACUGGAUCCGACUGAAAGAAGAACUUGCAAGCGCCGCCCGAAAGUGCAAGCCGCUUCAGAUUUCCACCCCGGAGGUUGAAGACUUGAUGGCGAACGCAAAUUCUCAAGCGCAGGGAGUGUCGGGCGCCAGGACGAAGUUGUUGCAGUCCGCCCCGCGGGAACUAAAGAAAAACUUUACGACCGCGAGCAACAACCUGGUGCAGAAAGUGACUUCAUCCGACCCACGGUUUCUCUCAACCUCCAUACCGGAGCCAAUGAGAACGCAGCAGAUCGAGCUACUGGGAAAAGGGGGAAAGGUAGAAGAAAUCCGCAAGGUCCGCUGCGUGACACGGACUGGGUACGCUUUGAAGACCAUCAGCGGAGUUUUCGGCCGCCGGAUAAUGCAGGCUGCGGAGGAUACGAACGUCAUGGGAAUUUACGGACACGGAGGAAGACCCACAGUGGCUCUGUGCAUCUUGGUUCUCAAACUAUUGGACUGCUUACUUAGCUUAGGCCCCGAUGAGUUCUGGAUCUACCUAUCCACGGACUACUGCAACUACUACAAUACCAUCACCGGCGUCGCGAUGUUGCAGUGCCUCCGGCAGACAAAAUGCCACCCCGGCAUCCUGCUUUGGUUUGCGGCCACCCUCAACAAACGGAUAAUCAUCCGGAACGGACGAAAAUACGCCUUAAUUCCAUCAUUCUGGGAAUGCAUCCAGGGCAGCACCGAAGUCAUGAUUGCGGGAUGCAUUUUGUCCAUGAGGUACAUGAAGCUGCUGCACUGGUUCUUGGUGAGUUGUUACGAUCCGGCAACGCGGAGGUUAUGUCGAAGUAGAAUCGAGACAGCAGCUGCAGCAUUGCUGGCAGAAAUGGACAAGGAUACUACUUCGCCCUACUCUUGGGAGCCCUACACCCUAGAAAAGGAUGUCCAUCCGUGCCACCAUAUCCACCAACAGCCCCCCCGCCGAGUGAAGCAGACCAACAUUUUCACAGCAGAAGCAGUCCCGCCAGCAUCCGGGGGCCGGGUGCACCCGUACGAGAACAAACCGCCUGCCGUUCUGGGAAGUUGCGUGGACGACCGCGCGCAGGGGUUCCGGGCACACAAAGACGACGUCGACAACGGCAACAUCCAGCUGAUUAUGGAAACCCUGACAAAAUUCGAGGAGCGGAAAUUUUCCAAAAUGGGCGUGUACCUGGCGGGCAAAGACAAGUACGAAGCUAUGCCGGGCAACCCGUUCCAGCAAAACAGCCCCAACGCCGAGGCCAAUGCGGCGAAAUUGCAACAGCUCCGCUCCACGAUCGUGAAAGCGUUGAACCCGUGGGGGAUCGUGCCCCAAAUCAAGAGCUCCACGCUCUUCCUCGGCUGUCUCUUCGCAAUCAACCAACUGCCGGAGGAUGUUUUGUGGAAGCAGUUGGCAGGCAGACUUGGGGCCGCGCGAUCCAUGGUCGAGCAGGUGUACUCCGGCAUGGUCUCGCUCUCGGGGACGAUGCUCCGGUUGCUCGUGAUUUGGGCCUACACCUCCUCCGUCGCUCACCUGCUGCCCCUUGCUGUGAAGCUUUGGUCGACGGAAAAAUGGAAGAAGUACUUGCACCAAGUCGCAACUUCCAUCAUGAAUUUUCUCGGAUUCAGCAACCAGCACAUCGUGGACCUGCUGGCGCUGAAUAAGCUUGACGCGGAGGCCCUGUACAAGCUGGCUUUUUCUACCGAUCUCGUGAACGCGGUGGACCCCUGGCUACAGGCCACCAAGGCACUGCGGCAGGCGGCCGGGAAAUGGACUGCACUUACCGGGCAAAGCGAGUUUCUGCCAGAAAUUACGAGAAGGGUGCCCACGAACGGGCCCGCUGGAUUUGUUGACGAGUCGGCCCGUACUUGGAUCAACGCCACCAAUCUGGCCGAUAAAAGUCUCGAACUAACGAUCCAGCACAACGCAGCAGGAGCGGGGUUUAUCACUACCAGCCCCGCCGGGGUGUGCGACACGCUGACAACAGAACUGCAGCAGGUGUGCCCCUUCCCCCAUGUUGCUCCCGGUGGCGUGGGCCCGCGAUACAUCCCAGGCGCGUAUGUCAUCACGGCAUGCCGAUCGACCAACAGCGCGAUCGUGUUGAACACCGACUCAACAUCCAGGAUGGCGAUCAAGUCCACGGACCAUGUGGGAAUACCCUGCCCACAAACCGCGGCGCGGUUCAGGUACUUGCAGACCGCUACCGAGGCGCUGCGGCGCAUGUCCACCGCGGCGAGUAUCUCGGGUUUCCGGCCCCACGUGAUCGUCGAAGGCCUAGGAAUCAACGACAAAGUCCGGGGCUCGGGUGUCUUCCGUGAGUUUUGGCUUGCGACGAUGGAGUGGAAAGACAGGAUCUGGCUGCAUUCCGCGAAGCGGUUUGACUUGGACAUCAACAAAACCAAGGGCAUCGGGGCGCACAACACCCACGUGGCGACGACCUCGGUCCUGGAGUUGUCCGGCCGCGACCAGUAUGCGGACUGGCCCCGGCGGAGCUUCAAGCUGCCUAUUUGCCUGCAGGAGCUGACGCAAAAAAUGCACAAGUACAAGCUGGCGAAAAUUAUCCGCACCAACAUGGCAAAAUUGGUACCACCAAAGCCACCGACAGGGACUGGGGCGGGCCCGCAGACCGAACCAACAGGGACGCUGGUGCCGCAACCUCCAAUCCCCCCCCACACGCAGGAACCGGGCCUGCCGCCUGCAAGCAGCAAUUCUGAAAAGGAAAAUCCUACGGCGAGCAAGACUGUUGUGGCGACAGCAGCACCGGGGAGAAAAACUGCGGCAAAGACCACUGCUGCAACAACAGUACCGGCGAAGAAAUAUCCGGUAAAGACCACUGCUGCGGCAGCAGCAUCGGGGAAGAGAACAGCAGCUGCAAAGUCCCCCCAGGUACGGAAGGCGAGGAAGACCGGCGCGACUGCUGCGUCCUCAUCUCGACCGCCUCCUGCCACUCAGGACCCGGAGGACAUGCCAGCGUUCGCGGAGACCCAGGAUCCACAUGGCGAGGAAUGAAAAAGUCUAUCUGUAAACCACUACUCACCUGCUCAGCCUUCUAGUAUAUGAUAAUACCAAAAAAUUAUGCAAAUAGAAUAUCCGAAUAUGCAAACGAAAAGCCAACAAGUACGAACUAAGUUACAAGCUAAAGGUCCGAAUGCCGUGCUGAGAAGUAUAUGAACUGCCAGCGUCAUUAUUAUGCUAAGAGGAAAUUAAAGUUGCGCAAGAUGUAUGUGAUACUGUUGGAGCUAGACGGUUACUUGGUUCUCUUUCAUGUACACAAAGUUGGUAGAUACAGCAAAAAAGAAGAAAAUGUAGAGGACCAGCUACGCUCUCUUGGUUAAAAGGCAGCAACCAUGCAGAAUCUCAAAAUCAGCAUUGUUGUAACAGAAGUAAAGUCGAGCAGGGAGUAGUAGUUGAGAUAGAAAGAGUAGAAAUUAGCGCUAGAGUGGCACCCAACGAGGACUGUGUGGUGUGACCGGUGCAGCGGGAGGAGAUAUCGAGAGGAAAAUAUAUAUCCCUCGAAGUGUCGUUGCGUUUCGUGUGUCGUUCUGCGUGUAUCUCUAAUCUCACACCCCCGACUACCUGCUACUAUGCCACCGCAGCACGACGGACGUGACCAAGUAGACAGCCGGACUGGCGACAACGCGGAUGCGACCAUCCGAGGCACAGCACCCAGCUACCGGUGACGGAGUAGCAGCAUACUCUCCUUGAAGUUAAGAACGGACACUACCACGGUAGCAGUUUGUCAUGCGCACCAAACAAAAAGUAAAAGAAAAAACAAGCAAGAAGUUUUCUCCUUGGUCCUGUAAUAAAGUUCGUCGCUCGUGUGUAGUUCUAAUCUAGUUCGGCGCGCGUAAAAUAGACAUUUUAAAUUUCGCCAGUGCUAAUGACUAAGCCCACACUGUGUGCAUGAUCUCUGCGAUGCCAUCGCUUACCCAUAGCGUCUAAAAUAAAUCUUAUUUCGGCAACAAAUGCCCGUCGAGAAAUACUUCGCUCUCAGCACUUCCACUGCGUGUUCCUGCAUUUGCAAUACUUUAAGCAUGACAAACUGCUACUAACGUGCGUCCGUCAGCUUUCCCACUGUAUAAAAACACCUAGAACCGCACACCAGCAGCGAUGCCAGGAAUCCCCCGCCAGGCGGUGAACAUACUAUGGCGGCCCGGGCAAGCUGAACCUGCUCAGGAAGCACACGGCUCGUCGACCUGUCUUCGCCCCUUUUGCAACUUCUUCGACCAACCCGCGAAAGGGCACCGCGCCACCGGCUCUAGCCCACAUCUGUAGUGGAAGCGGAUAUUCGGCGCAGAAUGUCCAGUGCCGAAAAAGGCGGGGAUUACACACAAACCAAACGGAUAAAAAUCAAUUUGUCAUGCAGAUUCCAUGUUGUAUUUGAUGUACUCAUAUACCCCGUCACGAGUAUCGUAUUGAAUCUAUUGGCGGGACUUUCUACUAGUAUUUGUUAGUCUUCACUGACCUGUUGGUUAUUGUAUUCCCAGGUCUUCCGCUUGCGCUGCGGUGGAGCGUUAGUUUCCCCCGUUCUUAGCUGCCUGCCAGAACCACUGUGUCCUCUUCCCGCCCUUCCGGGGGCUUCGGUUCCGGGGGAUUUCCGUUCCGGGUAACGUGCGUGCCAUAAGCUUUCGGCUUCUCGGGGUUUCAGCACGGCUGGGUUUUUUUGAUAAGUUCAAAACAUGAUAGCACUUAGGACGGUAUGAGACCGCCACAGUUGUGAGUUUGCCCCGCCCGCGGGCAUUUUCUACUAGGGAUCAAGUGGACUUUCGGCAAUCGCGCAACAAAAUAUAUUUUGCUACAGGCCUCUCAUAAGGUCGCCCUACUCCGCCCGGGUUAUAUCUCUUUUUCUUGUUGGUCUUCACCAACCUGCCUCUAUUCCCGGGUCAUCAGCUGGCGCUCCGGGGGAGCAAUCGUCUCUGUUGCUGAUCUUCCGUCCUGGGCUGCCUGGACUCUUGUCGCCCCUCCUCGCUUCCCCACCCCUCCUCGACUCACUUUCUUCCCCCGGCUGUACGCCUUCGUCAGGGUUAGUCCUAGUCGCUCUCCUCCGGUCGGUGCAAAAACACAGCUGCACUUCCGACGGUAUACACCCGUCUCGGUUGCGGCCGGGUGUCGGGCCCGGGUUUGCGGUUCGGGUUUCGGUUCAGGGUUUCAGUUCUGGGCACGGGUCUCAGUUUCGAAGCAUUCAGAACAUGGAAGUCACAUCAUAGCACCAUAAAAGCAAUGCCGCCGAGCUGACUUGCCGGCGGUGUCCCCAGCAUCUCGAUAGCGUACAGUUUUAAUAUUGCAUUUCUCCGUUCGGUUUUUCCAUCCAUAAUACUCCGCCACGACCUGAUCCUGACGACGUGGAGGUGACCACGAAGCAGCAGCUGCUUCACUUGCGACAAACUCACCGUGGUAGCAGGUGAAUACGGAGAUAAAGGAAAAAAGAACAGCUUCGGUCUGUUCCGCCCGAAUCGCGCCUAGUGGCCAGAAAACCGGUGUACAGGGCACCAACACCGCCAAACCAGCUGCUGACCCUGUUUACGCCUUCGCAGAACAGGAAUCCCCACCUGGCGCCGGUUUCCGUCGCUACCAGACCCCGCGGCGUAUCGGGCCCACGCCGCCGCCCUGGGAACAGCCGGAAUCUUACUUGCCUGGACCGGAGCCGGGCCGCGUUUCGGAGCUCGCCAUGUUGUCCUUCUACCGGGCUGCGGUUUGGCAGCACAUCUUCAUCCAGAUAGCGUGAAAGUGCGAUGCUGUUGCGCCACUUUUUUUUUUAUCCGGAUCGGCCGGUGCGGUGUAGCGCAUUUUCAUCCAGAUCACCGGUCGGACCGCACUACAUAGCUGUACUUCGGCCUCGUGAAGCCCAUCUUGCUUUUCUGCCGGGUCCCUUCGAGCCAGCUGGGCGAAACGUAGAAAUCCAGUCUCAAGCCCGUCCUCCCCGCGCGCCGAUCUGCAACUUCGACUUCAGCGUGAGCCGAUGCCAUGCAAGACAUCCUCGACCGCGACGAAGGCACCUGCAGCUGCGGCAAAGCGGAGUUUUCUCUCCCGGAUGGUCCCGAAGCUGCUGUACUACAAGAUUCAAAUUCCAAUUUUGCAUGACAAAUUAUUUAGAGUUUAUUGGUUUUACUAGCGGCGCCCUGCUCGCUAUCUGCGGUAGCUGCACGAAGCUGCCGGUGUAGUUUCCUAAAAAAGAUCUUUCGCCCGCUGCUACCGGGUCAGUACUUAAAAAACCAUUCAGGCGGCGCAGCUACUAAAUAGCUUGCGGGUGUCACCUAGGCGUGACGCGGUGACUUGUUAGCUCUAGAAAGAGGAAAAAAGUUCGUUCAGCACUAUCCGAAAACAAAUUUUGCAUGACAAAUCCGGCCCUGCUAAGCCGCAGUAAGUUAGUAUCCCCCCGCACUGCUAUGCCCCCAACACAUCCGUCCGGACGCUGCAAGAUGGAAGAGAUGUGGCGUGUGCCGCUGCUACCGGCUCGACACGUAAAGGAAAACGAAUCCGCGCGCUCGGCGCGGUAGAUACCCCCCCGCCGUUCGGGUUUUAGCAGCCAUUGGCAUCACAAAUUGCGGUCUUCCGAUCCUCGCCGAAGAUUUUCGCUUAUUCUUUUUGUGGCCGGUGCUUUCGUUUCGAGCUUGAUCUCGAGUUCAUCCAUGUCGACCACCGAUGUUGGCCCUUUGCAUCAUGCACGCACAAACGGGAUUUUUGAAAACGGAGGGGGGGGGAAGGGACCCCCAUUUGGUUGUCGCGGCGCGAAGCCGCAAAUCUCGUGCUCACGUCCACCACCAGAAGUGUUCCAGCACGGGGCCGCUCCAUGAAUUGAAUUGAACAGUAAGGAAUUGUUGGCAAAAAAAAAAAAAAAGCGAGGCGUUGUUCAGUUGGCAAGUUGGCACAGUAUGGUUGUUGGCGCAGUAUGGUUGGUUGGCGAGAUCAGAGUUGGGAUAUAGUGGCCGGGAGAUGAUGGUGAUGGCACUUCGGUGUCCGCCUGACCCACCCGCCCUGCGUGCCAAGCCAUCUGCGGCCAUGGUACAAUGGGGGGGCAAAGUGUGUCGCAUUUUGUUUAGCAUGACAACUCUGGGGUGGGUACGUUUUUCCUCAGGAUAUGUUGCUGGAGUUGCUCACGAAGAUCUGCUAUCAAAUGCAAAAAUGUCUGGGUCUGGAUGAAGAUUGCUAGGUUUGUCAUGCAGUUUUUUCAUGACCCACCCGGUCUGGCAUGCACGGCCUAGCAUGACAGGUUCUGUGAGAUCUCUAUCAUGCCUUUCCUGCAUGAGAAACUGCCUGUAAACUUGUUCAAAAGUGGGCCUUUUUUGGUAAUCACGCAACACAAAUUUUUCCACGAUCCAGAUGUAGCAUGACAAGGUGCAAUCUUCCAGACCCAGACAUAUUUGCAAUGCAUAUCUGCAAGGUGUUCAAAGACUACUGCGGCACGCUGACCGAAGAGUCCAUACGGAAGAACUUUGUGCUCCUCUACGAACUCCUCGACGAAAUGCUGGACUUCGGGUACCCGCAGACUACUUCCACGGAGCAGCUGCGGCUCUGUGUCCACAACGAAGCCGCCGCGGUGCUGAACGAAAACACAGUCGCCAGUGGCCUGCAGAUACGCACCAGGAAGAAUGUUCUUGUCCACGGACGAGUUAUACGCAUACCAUACUUACAUGAUUACAGACAUAACAGGGAAACAACUACACCUGAGAUAGUUCUUCAUGCACAGGUCGUCCAGCUUCAUCUCGAGACAACCCGCUAGGCAUUGUGCGCUUUUUCAAAAGUGAGAUCGGCAUGCGAACAAGCUCUUUAGUGUUUUGAUCCUCCGCGCCAAGGUGAAUUGUUUGUAAAGAUUGCCAGCAAAUAAAGUCCAUUUUUUCAUGUACUAGAAGCACUGUUUGUUUCCGCUGUUUUACGUAUGACUCUUCUGGGUCUGACCGAGUUUUUGCAUUCGAUAGUGGAGCGCCGGGACCGCAGUCAGCAAUGCGCUGGGAGGUGCUUAUUCUUCUUCAGAGUUUUAGUUCCACUCUUUGUUCUACAGACUGACUUUGAAAAAGGCACUUUCCGGAAGUUCAGCAGUAGCCUAGAAGGAACAGACACAAAUUCUGCAGGUAUAUGCACGGAAAUAAAAGCAAUUACAAAUUUCUCCUUUUGUCAGGUGGUGCGCUGAAAGGCGUAGCGGCGUUACCCAACCUGACUGCGCGAACUGUGCCGAGCAACGCGGUUCACCGGCCGGUCGGGCCUACACAAGACAAGAUCGUCGCAAAAAACGAAAUUUUCGUAGACAUCCUCGAGCGCGUCACCGUGCUUAUGAUAUCCAAAUAGAACCAAACUGCAUUACAACUGCCUCGAAGGUUUUUGCAUUGGGCCAGUGGGCGUUGGAAAGAAAGGAGUAGUGCAAGAAUGUGGCGCAAACAAGGCACCCGGCAGUUGCAAUACAGCUUUUUCGUGUGAUAUUGCAACUCUAGCGGGUAUCAAAGUGUAUCUUUUCAUACAUAAUUCUUACUUUGUUCUUCUAUUCUAAGCCACCCGCUAGCAGAAUGGAAUCGCGGAACCUGUGCCCUCCGACGUGACACAUUUUCUCUCGUGUUUUAGCUGCUGAAAACUGUAAUUGAUCAUUCGCAUGACGCGAAAUAAGUAUAAGAAAAAGUGCGACUCAGCGAGAAACAAAGGACUCGAAAGCACGCAAAAAACCGCAAUAAAACUGAUAGGCAAAUUCUGAACGCGUGCGUGGACGGGUCAAUUCAAAUGAAGAGCUACCUCUCCGGAAAUCCCGAACUGAAGCUCGCGCUCAACGAGGACCUGGUCAUCGGCGCAGCCUCCGGCUAUCAACAGGAAAUCUGCAAGCUUCUUUUGAUUCUAAGAGAGCAAAGACCAAAGUUCGUUUAUUGGAGGUGCAUGCAGCUCACGGGAGGAACACAUCGGCAUGCACCAGGAGCCAUGCUGAAAACUGUGCCCCUUUCCCUUGGCGGCGUGAUCCUGAUGAGAAAGAAAACCAUAAAGUAGGCGCGAGAUGAGUCUGUUAUGAAGCAGCUCUUCCGCAGUUAGUCCAUCUCGAGUUACCUUCCGGCGUGGAACGCGCUGAUUCUUAUCCUCUUGAACUCUGGGAAUCAGAAGCAGAAUGCAUUUCGCCAUCGUGAUACAGCAAAUAAUCGGUUUGCAAGUGUACAGCUCGACGACUGCAACUUUCACGAGUGCGUGGACCUCCGGGACUUUGACGACCAAAGUAUUGCUCUCGCUACAACGUUGUCAUGAGGAACAUUUCUUCAGCAAAAUACUUGUUUCAAAUUUUCGAUUUGAGUUCGAUUGUGCAGAAUGCUAAUAUAACCAAGCAGGUACUAGUGGUACACAAGAACUCUACUUUUCUACAACAGGAAUUCUGUCGUUUUUCCCACCCGACGGGGAGUUUGCGGUGAUGAAUUACCGGAUCACGAACGAGCUGAAGGUGCCCUUCCGGAUUUUUCCCCGGGUCUCCUUCCCGCCCCAGCAGCAGGCGGACAAGGUGACCUCCUGCGAGCUGACGAUCACGGCGCGAGCCGAGCUGCCCGACACCAACUACGGGGGCAACGUCGUGUUUCAGUGUCAGUUCCCGAAGAACCUCGUCGCGAUAUCAAAAGGAAAAAUCCCCCCUUCCCACAUCGAAAAGGCAUGCUUCGCAAAAUUUGUCUUGCUGAUUUGAGACCACAAAUCACGUCCGUCUUGCAAGAAGACCAACGCAGAGGCUUCCGCGCCUUUAUGGAAGCGAUUUGACAUGCUGUGGGGCCUAGAGGACAGCCCUUUGUAAUGCUAAGCAACUAGACCCAAACGUCCCUCCCUAGGCUGCGGAUCUGGCUGCGAUGCCGUACCGCAAGACAGCGCGCAUUUGUGUACGCAAAUCCUGCACCACAGAUUUCCCAUUUGAUAUGGGGAGGGGGGAUUUUUCCUCUUAAUACGCGAGCAUCUCCGCCACCGAGGUGUUUCAGUCCAGCAGCGGCGGGUCCGGGUCCGCGAACGCGGCACAGAACACCGAGCAGAAGAAACAGGUCGAGUUUCUACCGAACGAAAACAAGCUUGUGUGGCAGCUGAAGAAGUUCCCGGGCAACAGCGAAUUCACCCUGAAAACUCGACUGAACUCUAUGCGAGGGGACCGAAGUAGAACAUCUAUUUUCCCGGGGCGGGAACUGCAACUGUCACAGUCGUGGGUUAUGUCAUUAUUUCGACGUAAAUUUUCUUUAAAAAGAAUCGCAAUGCCAAAGCCAACAUGGACUUGCGUCCCGUAUCUGCAUGAGAUGUCGCUAUCGAUUGGCUUUGGCUUCAAGUGGGUAGAAGUACGAGAUUCACGCGACCGUGACAGCGCAUCCCGCUCCUUUGCAGGGGCACCUUGA